AUGGCUGACCAGCCUCCUCCAACCGCAAUCGUCGACUCGACCAAUCUACCUACCACUCAAGACUCCACCCUACAACCCACAGAGCCCACUCAGCAGUCCUCAACACCCUUCGACGUAUACCCUCAACUCCAGCCAGAGACAGCGCCAGCCGCACCUCCACCAUCCAUCCCCUUGAUCCGCGAACAAGCUCAACGCUCCCUCAUAAUCCUCGAAGCCUUUCCCUCUCUCGAAGUCGCACCACCUGUNUGCUACCUCAAACAAAAAAUCCACCACAACAAAUUCCCUGCUUUCUUCUAUCCUCCUACCUUCCGCUCAACCCACCCUCACCGCCGCAGAGUCCAAAUACCUCACCUCCAAAUCCGCAAAAAGAAAGAGUUUCUGCCUCCCCCACCGCCAAAACCUGUAUGCAGUAUCACGGCAAAAGCGGCAAAGUACAAGGAUCCAGCAACGGGAUUGGCCUAUCAAGGCUUGGAAGCCUAUAAAGCUAUUCAAAGGGUUAGUGCGGGAGGUUGUAGAUGGGGAGGCGCUGGAUGGGAUGCUUGGAUGGGGAUUUUGGGAGAAGGUGUUAUGGGGAGGGUUGCUAGGGGUGUACCUGAGUGUUUUGUCACGGGCGUGGUGAAGAGGAAGGAGAAGGAGAAGGAAGUCAAGAGUGAGGAAGGUGGGAAGGAGAGUGUGGUUGUGCCUGUUGCCGCGACAGCUGCUCCUGUUGCUCCCAUGGCCUCAGUCACACCUGCGCCUGCUGUGAACGCACCAGUCAAUGCCCCUUCAUCGAAGACUUCCUAG